UCUCAGCAGCAGCGGCUCAGAGACUAGUGCUUAGACCACUGUGUCGUGCGGGAAUAUGCACGGCGGAGCCUUAUAACCGCCAGCGGAACAGAUUGAAACGAAAAUAACUCGUUCGUGUGGAUUAAGUCAGGGGACACGGCACGACACAUCGAAGCGAAUUCGGAUCGACGGACAGGGGAUUUGAACAUUACGUACGUUAACACCGCCGGAUGGUAUCUCUUGCCCCGACGCUAAGGGUGCUGCCGCAGCCAAACAACCAAUAAUGCACGGCGCCUGCUCUGCAGCCACACCCACUUCCUGCCUGUAGAGGAAGCGGCUGUGCCAGCAUGUCCUCUCACCCUCAGUCUGUGCAGCCGGGCCGGAGGACUGUGGACACACGGCACCUGCCAAACCCCGCGGGUCUACCACUGCAGCUGCAACGGGCACAUGCGGAAGUGGGACUGGUUGACUACCACGCUCAUCAUGCCAGGGACUACAACUCCCACCUGGCCCAGCCCCAUCGCCGUCGGCCCUCCUUACUUUCAGAGUUCCAGCCGGGGAAUGAGAGAGGACAAGAACAGCAUAUCCGCUAUGAGCACAUGUACCUGCCGGAGCACAGCGGCCAAUCGGAGGUGGAGUACGCAGAGAUCAAACGGCCUCGUCUAGAGAUGGCGCCGGAGUCUCUGAUGAGGCCUUCAUCCCACCGGCCACAACUUCCCAUGGGAUUGGCUGAAGAUAUGGCAAAGGAUCGUAGCAGUGGAAUGGGGAAGCUGGAGCCAAUCUCCCCUGUGAGCCCGGCCCUUAUGGACCCUGACUUGGAUCUGGUGCCGGCUCGCUUCUCCAAGGAGGAGCUGAUCCAGAACAUGGACCGCGUGGACCGGGAGAUCACCAUGGUAGAGCAGCAGAUCUGCAAGCUCCGCAAAAAACAGCAACAGCUGGAGGAGGAGGCGGCUAAACCACACGAGCCAGAGCGGCCCAUCUCACCGCCACCCAGCGAGGCCAAGCACCGCAGCCUGGUGCAGAUCAUCUACGAUGAGAACAGGAAAAAGGCAGAAGAGGCUCACAGGAUACUGGAGGGACUGGGACCCAGGGUAGAACUGCCUUUGUACAAUCAGCCUUCUGAUACCAAGCAGUACCAUGAGAACAUCAAAAUAAACCAGGCGAUGAGGAAGAAGCUCAUCUUGUAUUUCAAGAGGAGAAAUCAUGCUCGUAAGCAGUGGGAGCAGAAGUUUUGCCAGCGCUACGACCAGCUGAUGGAAGCCUGGGAGAAGAAGGUGGACCGCAUCGAAAGCAAUCCGCGGCGCCGCGCCAAGGAGGGCAAGGUGCGCGAGUACUACGAGAAGCAGUUCCCCGAGAUCCGCAAACAAAGGGAGCUGCAGGAGCGCAUGCAGAGCCGCGUUGGGCAGCGAGGAGGCGGGCUGGCCUCGUCCGCGGCUCGCAGUGAACACGAGGUCUCGGAGAUCAUUGAUGGAAUAUCGGAGCAUGAGAACACAGAGAAGCAAAUGCGGCAGCUGGCGGUCAUCCCUCCGAUGCUCUUUGACGCCGAGCAGCAGCGCAUCAAGUUCAUCAACAUGAACGGUUUGAUGGAUGACCCCAUGAAGGUGUACAAGGAUCGGCAGGUUAUGAACAUGUGGAGUGAGCAGGAGAAGGACACUUUCAGAGAGAAGUUCAUCCAGCAUCCCAAAAACUUUGGUCUGAUUGCGUCUUUUCUGGAGAGAAAGACGGUGGCGGAGUGUGUGCUCUUUUACUACCUGACCAAAAAGAAUGAAAACUAUAAGAACAUAGUGCGGAGGAACUACAGACGCCGAGGAAGGAGCCAGCACGGCCAGCAACAGCAGCAGCAGCAACAGCAACAACAACAGCAGCAGCAACAGCAGCAACAACAGCAACAGCAGCAACAACAGCAGCAGCAGCAACAACAAGUGCACCGGGGCAGCCAGGAAGACAAGGAGAAGGAGGAGAAAGAGAAGGAGGGGGAGCGGGAUGAAGACAAAAAUGAACCUGAAGAAAAGGAAGAUGGAAUGAAAGACGACACCUCUGGAGAAGAUGCCGAGGACAAAGAGCCCGCUGUGGCUUUCAAGGGCCGACGCACGGCCAACAGCCAGGGGCGCCGCAAGGGCAGAAUCACCCGCUCCAUGACCAGCGAAGUGGACGAGACCGCCACGCCGCCACUCAACAACGAGCUGGCCAACCUGGAAAUGAAUGAGAGCUCUCGCUGGACUGAAGAAGAGAUGGAAACUGCCAAAAAAGGCCUUCUCCAGUAUGGUAGGAAUUGGUCCGCCAUCGCCAAGAUGGUUGGAUCCAAAACCGUGUCACAGUGCAAGAACUUCUACUUCAACUACAAGAAGAGGCAGAAACUGGAUGAGAUUCUGCAGCAGCAUAAAAUGAAAUCGGAGAAAGAGCGAAAGGCCCGUCGCAAGGCCAAAGCCCCGCAGAAUGAGGAGACCAGUGCCCCGUAUACUGCAGAAGAGGACGAAAUGGAGGGCUCAGGAGCCAGUGGCAAUGAGGAGGAGGCCCCUGAAGAUGGAGAAGGUGGAGCCAACAACAGUUCUGAUACGGAGAGCUUGCCCUCGCCACAUUCAUCAGAGGACAGCAAGGCGAAGGAGGAAGGCUCGAGUAGGUCAAAGGGCAGCUCCGCCACCGGGGACAAGGAGGCGGCGGGCUCAGACGUGGGCCAGGCCGGGGAGGAGAAACCUCCAGUUAAGGAAGAUGCAGAGUCGGCCAUCAAGCAGGAGAUAAAGACUGAGACAGGGGAGCCUAGCAAAGAGCAGCUGAAGCCAACUUCACCCAGCGAUGCCAUCGAUAAAAAACCUCCCACUGCAGAAUUGGAAGAAGGUAAAAGCUCCGGCAAGAACUCCCGGAAGGACCACGGGCCCAGGACCGGUUCCCAUGGCGACAGUGACUCUAGUGCCACUUGCAGCGCUGAUGAAGUGGAGGAGACGGAGAACCCAGACAAGAACAGAAUGACAUCCCCGCGGCCGAGUCUGCUGAACUACACUCAUGAUGGCGUCAUCUCCUCCCCGCUGCAGAAGCCCAUGGACCUGAAACAGCUCAAACAGAGGGCUGCCGCUAUACCUCCUAUUAUGCCAGAAGCCUCCAUGCCAGGCAGUCAGCGGAGUGGAGGUAGCAAGGCAGUGCUGCCCCCUCAUGCCCUGGCAUUGUACCAACAACAGAUCACCAUGGCUCAUGGGGAGUCAUCUCAGGAGGUCAAAAUGCAGCAGCAGCAGCAGCUUCCAGGCCAGCCAGGCAAACCGCAGCCCUACACCUUGCAGGCAGAGCGAGACAGGGAGGCUCUCCACAGCAGCAGUCCUCAUGUCCGCUCCCGCAGCCCCUCCACCAGUGACAAGGAUGAGCUGGAAGGCAACGAGAGGUGGUUACUGACCCUCCUGCAGGGAUUAAAAAAGUCCCGGGCUUUCUCCCCGCACGGUGAAGCAAAGAAGCAGGCGCUCGGCCCCGAUGACCUGAGGACCUCCAACUUGGGCCGACAGGUUCUCUCCCCUUACCCCAUGUCCCCACGAGACAUGGCCAAGAUCAGUCACGACCAACACCUGCUGCACUUCAACUCGUUCCAGCAGACCGGCCACCCCUCACUCCCUAACCUGCCACAGGACAGUGGAAGGCUGGCAGCAGUGAGACCCCUCACGAUGCCAGAGCCUCCGCCGCUAAUUUCCUCUACCAAGCAAGGGGGCUCCAUCACACAGGGCACCCCGGUGCAGUUGCACAGCCCAGCUCACGGGUUGGACCAUGGGAAGAUGACCCCCACUCAAAUGGGUCUGUCUUGGAUGGAUCAAAGGAAAGUGGCAGGUGCUUUUCCCGUCAUAAAGCAGGAACAGUUGUCUCCUCGCAGCUCAUCUUCUCAAGCGGACAACCUUUCAUCCCAGGGGUCGCCUCAUGAUAUCGCCGCAGGACGUGGAUCUAUUCCAGCGGUGCAGGGAGGUAGCAUCACCAAGGGUAUCCCAGGGACCAGAAUGCAUCCAGAUUCAUCAAUCUCCUACCGAGGGGGCUCCAUUACUCAGGGGACGCCAGCGGAUGUGCUGUACAAGGGAACCAUAACGCGUCUGAUCACAGAGGACAGCGCCAGUCGGGCCGAGAGGGAGCGGGAUGAGGCGCUGUCCAAAGGCCAUGUGGUCUAUGAGGGCAUCAGUGGACACAUUCUCACAUACGACCGCCCAGCUUCUCAGACCCCUAAAGAUGAGGGCCGAGGCCAGUCUGGGGAAAUUCUAGGCCUGAAGCGUCCGUAUGACAUCAUGGAGGGGGGCAUCUCAAGAGGAAUGCCUUUGAGGGAUCCACUCUCUGGUGCCAGCUGUGAAGGUCUGAUUGGUCGAGCCAUGCCUCACGACAGGGACAGUCCUCAUCACACACCUUACAAGGAUGCUCAUCACAUCCGUGGCUCCAUCUCACAAGGUAUACCCCGUCAUCUGGACCCUCAGGACGUCUACUCGAGGAGGGAUGCCAAGCAGAUGAAGCGAGAGGGCUCCCCGCCCCGCGGGCCCGGCUCGCUCUCCGACGCGAUGAAGGGCAGAGAGGCCAUGGUGCCUACGGUGAAGGAGGCUGGCCGCUCCAUCCACCUCAUUCCCAGAGAGGAGCUCAGACAGCCUGCCAAGGAGGGCAUCAUGGCACAGGGAACACCCAUGAAGCAGGAGCCAACUGGUUCAGGGAAACGUCACGAUGUCCGCUCCAUUAUAGCCAGUUCACCACGUUCUUACCACAACGCACCCUCCCACAUGGACAUGCGGGCCGAGAGGGGCCGCUACGACGAGGCGCCAAAAGGGCGGCCCAGCGCGGUGGUCAGUACAGCUAGCACCAUAGCCCGCUCGUCUCCCGUUACACUGGGGUCAGAGCAGGGAAGCAAGGCUCAUCACAGUCCAGUGGGCUACGAGGACAAAAGCGCCUUGAGGGCCCCUUACCCGGGGCCUUCACACCGUGGCUCCCCACUGUCCAGGGAGGCAAGCCAAAGGCAGCAUGACGGUUCCGGUAAGAAUCCGUCUCAGGAGCGUAAAGCCACGCCGAGCCCCAGAGAAAUGAGCGCUACCAAAUCGCCCCUACCAGGUGUUCCAGAUCAACAGACCUAUGAGCGUCUGCUGCAGGGUCUCGGUGCCACAGACGUGUACCGUCAAAUCCCCAUAGCCUUCGACCCCGCGUCGCUGCACCGCGGCAUCCCCAUGGAUCCAGCGACCUACUACUUGCCUCGCCACCUCGCACCCAAUCCGGCGUACUCUUACCCCUACCUCAUCCGGGGCUUUCCCGACACGGCGGCCCUGGAAAACCGGCAGACGCUGCUCAAUGACUACAUCACCUCGCAGCAGAUGCACCAGUGGCCCGCUGCCAUGGCGGCACCGCGCUCGGACCUGCUGAGGGGCCUUACUCCUCGAGACCAGCCCCUUCAAAUGCCCUAUUCUGCAGCCCCGCGAGGGAUCAUCGAUCUUUCUCAGGUGCCACACUUGCCUGUCCUGGUGCCUCCCUCUGCGGGGGGGGCUGGUUCCCCAAUGGAUCGCAUCUCCUACAUCCCCGGGGGAAGCGGCCCCUUCCCUGGCAGGCCUUACACCACCUCCCCCAUCUCACCUGUGGGGUCCUCACACGUGAACAAGAUGCAGGCCGUAGAGCGUGAGCGCGAAAGAGACCGCGAGCGUGACAGAGAGCGGGAGAGGGACCGGGAAAGAGACCGAGAGCGAGAGAGAGAGAGGGAGCGAGAGCGCGACCGAGAGCGCGACCGAGAGAGAGAUCGAGAAAGAGAACGGGAGCGUGACCGCGAGAGGGACAGAGAGAGAGACCGGGACCGGGAGCGUGACCGAGAGAAGGGCGGCUCGCUUGGAAACGUGGAGCACGCCCCCAUCUGGCGACCAGGUACCGAGCACAGCUUGGCGAGCAGCAGUAGCAGUGCGAGACCUUCCUCCCAACCGUACAGCCACCAGCACUCCCCGGUGUCCCCUCGCAACCAGGAGAACGUGCAGCAGAGGCCGAGUGUCCUUCACAACACUGGGGGCAAAAGUCUUUCUAUCAGUGAUCACGGCUCAUCUGUGUUCCGGUCCAUGUCCUCAGGCCCGGCCCACUACCAACGUUAUCCUGGCCACCUCCAGAGGACCGGCGUGCCCCCGGAGACCUAUCCUACUGCCAUGGACUCAAAUGUAGGCAAAGAGCAGGGUCGCGAAGGAGGCAAGAACAGGGGGGGUCCACCCAAGCACGCGCAGGACCAGCACGGGCCCUCCGGUAAAUCUGAGUCCAGGCUGUCCUGCCCCAGCCCAGUAGGAAUGUACCCGGGCUCCUACCCCUCGGCCCCCGGUCGGCCCCAGCUCCUGCUCCCUCCCCAAUCUGAUAACCCCCCCGGCCGUGGAGAAAGCGGUACACCUAGUAGGGAAAAGACUCAAAACAAAGCGAUGUCCUCUCAGGAACAAGAGCUCCGAGCACUCGGUAAGACCACCAUGACUGCGGCCAACUUCAUAAACGCGAUUAUUAUGCGUCAAAUUUCUUGUGAAACGGGGAUGGCAGAGAGCGGCGCCACUGAUGGUAAGACGCUCUGGAUCCCAUGGUCCCCCUCAUCACCCAGACCUUCCCCCGUCAGUCUGUGGCCUAUUGCACGCUGUGGUGGUUGGCAUUCUCAAAUCAGCCUGAUAGAUUUACUGUUUUCCUUCAACGCUAUACUUUUAUGUUUUACUUUUAACAGUUUUUCUUCACAAGCUAUUGAACCAGUUUCCCCAGUUGGAGCCAACUCUGCUGAUGUCCAGGGAGGGGCCUCUUACUCCAACGAGCAGGGAGAACAAGGAAUGGGCUCCCGUUCGCCUCCCAAUGCCGCCCAGCCUCCAGCUUUCUUCAGCAAGUUGACCGAGAGCACCUCGGCCAUCGUGAAGUCAAAGAAACAGGAGAUGAUCAAGAAGAUGACCGUGGUGGGAAAUGACGGUGAUUUCAAUGCUGGUCAGCCAGGAACAGAGAUCUUCAACAUGCCGGCGUCGACAACUGCAGGACCGGUGAGUGUCCGCUGCCAUCCAGCUCCGGAGACUCCGGGUAAUUCCAUAGGCCUGGAGGCCAUUAUAAGAAAGGCCUUAAUGGGCAGAUACGAUGAUCAGCUCGAGGAGCGCCCCCCGUCCAACGCCGCUAACCAGACGGGAUCGGCCGGCUCUGCCGGUGUGCCUGUAGCCGAGGGACGCGCUGAAGACUUUUUCUCACAAGGUGGGGGAAAGUCCUCAAAGGGCAGCGGGCGCUCUAACGGGCGGAAGGCAAAGUCUCCGGGACCGGGGCUGUCCGGAGGGGAGAGACCUUCCUCCGUGUCCUCAGUCCACUCUGAAGGAGACUGCAACAGACGAACUCCUCUUACUAACCGCGUGUGGGAGGAUCGGCCUUCGUCCACUGGUUCAACUCCGACCCCCUUCCCGUGUAAUCCGUUGAUAAUGCGUUUCCCCAGCGGGACGGUGUCCGCCCCCUCGCCCUCCUCUGGCCAGCUGGGGGCCCCGGGGCAGGGACCCGCACAGGGCCGGUCCUGGGAGGAGGAGCCCAAGCCUCUUCUCAUGUCUCAGUACGAGACCCUCUCUGACAGCGAGUGACCCACAAAUCUGUUGUACCACAUGACCCGCUAACAGUCAACCAGCUCUGUGCUGCUGCACACACACACACACACACACACACACUUGCUGAGGCAUCUGCAAAAGCAACCAACACCAUUCCACUCUGCAUUCCUCCGUCAGUCGUCAAGCAUUGAGGGCGUCCUUCUUCUCUCUCUCCCAUGUCUGAGACGCCAAGCUGCCCCGAGCUCAGACACUGCUGCGCCGUGUGUGUGUGUGUAUGUGUGUCUGUGUUUGCACUUAUGUGUGAUGCAUUCACUCCAGGACUACUCAAAAGGACAAAUCACUUCUUACCUUUUCUUUAGUUUUCUUUUUUUACUUUUCUUCUUUUUUUUACCUUGCUACUUGUCCUCACUGGCCUUAUCAUUCUAGACGCCGUGACCUGCACCGUUUUGUCCGUACCGAUCUCUUGUUGCUGACUGACUCCGCGGGUGACGUUGUUGCUGCUCCGGUGACCAUUUAAACGUGAGAACCGCAGAUCCGACCCGAGAACAGCGGGCCGCGUGGCGAGGGCCCUCUCGCGUUUGUUCAAAGUGAACGCCAGGUGCAGGCGGCCGGUGCACCACGACCACUACAGGUGCGAGGCGACGGGAGGAGGAUCAGCGUCUUGUUUUAUCUGGUUUCGGUUCGUUCUUCUGCUCCUUUUUAAAGUCGGUUAGUCCUGUGUUUGGAACGUGAGCUGAGACCGUUAGUACAUUUUGAUGGUGAACUUUUGAUGGUGUCAUUUGUUGUCUAUUAUCUGCAAU